UUUAUUUCACACAAUUUACACACUGCUUGACUUUUUUAUUUUUAAGAUAAAGCUAUGCAAUUUUUAAAAGUAUACAUGCCUUAGUUUUAUUGAAAUGGCAACCGUGAAUGUAUCUAGGAACUAGUGAUAAGAGCUUUUUGCCAUUUGGGAAAAUGAGAGAGAGAGAAUGUUUCGGGUUCCUGCGGGUGACUUCAUGAGCUAAGGGCCAGGUCCAGAAGGUUGAAACGCCUUACCUUUUAGGCUGCACACAUUUAUGAAGCACCUGAAGAUGGUCUGCGUUUGGCAACAUCUGAAAGCGUUUUUCCAGACCACAUCCUAGAAUUGUUGCUUGCUUGGCCAUCCGAUCAAGUACAUCAGCACUGCAGUUGCUGAUAUUACUGCUUUUGAAUCUUUUAUCUGACUGGGAGGUGUGCAGGACUAUGAAUUAGCUGUCACAUGGUUAUGAGCUUUAGAGUGUCGGAGCUGCAGGUGCUUCUGGGUUUUGCGGGCAGAAACAAGAGCGGGAGGAAGCAUGAGUUGCUCACCAAGGCCCUGCAGCUGCUGAAGUCUGGCUGCAGCCCGGCCGUUCAGAUGAAAAUCAAGGAGCUGUACCGGCGACGGUUCCCCCGGAAGAUCCUCACCCCCUCGGACUUAUCCAUGCUGCACCUCCAGGCGGGACAGCUGCCCUCCACCACGACGCUGACCCAGGGCACCAUGUGCCACUUGCCCUAUGACAACGGGUCAGUGACCUCUGGGGUGCCGGUUGGCAUGUUGCCCCCGGUGCCUAUGUUGGGACCCAAGCAUGAGGCGGACGUCCCACACCUGUCUCCCCCCAUCCACCCGGUUCACCCGGACGUGAAAAUGCGGCGGUUGCCCUUCUACGAUGUAUACGACGAGCUCAUCAAGCCCACCACGUUGGCAUCUGUGAACAGCCAGAGGUUUGAGGAGGCUCACUUCACCUUUGCCCUGACUCCCCAGCAGGUGCAGCAGAUCCUUGCCUCUCGCGAUAUCUUACCUGCUGCCAAAUGUGACUACACCGUCCAGGUACAACUGAGAUUUUGUUUGUGUGAAACCAGUUGCCCGCAAGAGGACUAUUUCCCACCCAAUUUGUUUGUCAAGAUCAAUGGGAAGCUCUGCCCUCUUCCGGGUUAUCUUCCCCCCACCAAAAAUGGGGCAGAGCCCAAGCGGCCCAGUCGACCCAUCAACAUCACCCCUUUGGUGCGGCUUUCGGCCACCGUCCCUAAUACAAUCGUCGUGAACUGGUCUUCUGAGUUUGGCAGGAAUUACUCCCUAUCAGUUUAUUUGGUGAAACAGUUGACAUCGGUGACACUGCUACAGAAACUGAGAGCCAAGGGCAUCCGAAACCCAGACCACUCACGAGCCCUGAUCAAAGAAAAACUGACAGCCGAUCCCGACAGCGAGAUAGCGACAACGAGCUUACGAGUUUCUCUCAUGUGUCCGCUGGGCAAGAUGAGGCUCAUCGUCCCCUGCCGAGCUUUCACCUGCACCCACCUGCAGUGCUUUGACGCAGCCCUUUACCUUCAGAUGAAUGAGAAGAAGCCCACCUGGACCUGCCCUGUCUGUGACAAGAAGGCCCCCUACGAGGCCUUGAUCAUUGACGGGUUGUUCAUGGAAAUCCUCAACUCUGUCACAGACUGCGAUGAGAUCCAAUUCAUGGAGGAUGGCUCCUGGUGCCCCAUGAAGCCCAAGAAAGAGAACCAGGAGGUUUGCCAGCCAUCUGCUUACAAUGGGCUGGAAGCCUCGCUGUACACAGUGGGCUCUGAUGGGAAGCAGCUGGCCGAAGGCAAGAAGAAAGUGGAGGUCAUCGACCUCACGCUGGACAGCUCUUCGGAUGAGGAGGAGCCCCCCGCCAAGAAGCCCUUCCCACUCACCACUGCGGCCAUCCCGUCUGCAGCGGGAACCAAGGGAGUAUUAAGCCCUGACCACCAGCCCUCCUCAGUGCUGCGCAGCCCCCCGAUGGCCACUGUGGGGAGCGACUACCUCUCCAGCCUUCCGAUCCCUGACUACCACCCUUACCAGGUCCCCUCGGACAUCCAAGGAAUUGUGGCCUGGGGAUUUGGCAGUGCAAGAGAGGAGAGGAGAGAAGGCAGAGUCCGAAAAGUAAAAAAAGGUCUGGAUUUGUUUUCCUUCCUUCAAAGUGAAAAUCAGCAUUACAGCCCUUCCGUGAUCACCUCCCUGGAUGAGCAAGACACCCUGAGCCACUUCUUCCAGUAUCGUGGCACCUCACCCCAUUUUAUGAACCCCCUGGCUCCUGUGGUGGUGGGGUCCCAUGGCACCGUGGGCUCCCCCACCGGCAGCAGCAGCCGCAUGAACAGCGUUGUCUCUUCGCCCACCACGGCCUUGCGGGAAAGCCACGUGCGCAGUGGCACCGUGGGGGGCAGCCCCAUCUUGCCGGGGUGCCGGCCAGAUAUCAUCUCUCUAGACUAAAAGCUUGCGGCAUGGAAGAUACCCUUUCCCUACAGGAGGGCAGGAGGUGGAAUCGUCGUUCCUCCACUGGAGUGAAACAAGGAAAAGACAGAAUUCCGUCAAGCCUGUUUCUUAGAAAGAGACAAAUCGGGCAAAGAUCUUUCUCUUGUUUUCCUUCAGGGCUCUUUUUUUCAUUCUGCAAUUCCGCUCAAGGUUUGAAAAAUGAUGGAAUUGACUCGGGACAGUUUGGGGGGCCCAAAGAAUCUCGCCUUUUCAUUUGGCCUUGGAGCUGCUUGGGAGUUUUGAGCUGGUGGAGUCCAGAAAGCCCUGAAGAACUGGGGAAACAAGAUUUAAUUUCAGUCAUGGGAGGGCCGAGUUCCAGGUCCCCACAGCCUAAUGGAAGCAGGAUUAUUUAUGCAAAAUGAGGCAAAUGAAGACUCAUCAACAUAUAAUCCGAGUUGCAGAAUUCCACUUUUUUUUUUUUUUUUUUGAGCAUGAAACCUGGGUUUCUUCUGUCCGGGAUUUGAAUGCAGAAUCCUCAGUGAAUGCAGAAUGCCAGUGAAAUCAAGGCAACUUUAUCGUAAGCACGAAUAAAUUUGGUCUUUGGGCACAGCUCAUACUCAGCACAUCGCCAGCUCUGCAACAAAUGACCAGAGAUCCCAGGCAGGUUAUAUUGGACCAUUUCAGACUGGCAUUAAAAAAACAAAAAAGUGGAAUUUUGAUAGAAUUCUUUGUUAGGGAAGGACAUACUGUAUGUGCCCGAUGAAGGGCUAACGUGAGACUUGAAAGCAGUGUACUAAUUUGCCAAAACCAAAGCCACCCCCCCCCCAGCAGAUUUUUACAGACUCAUCCGGUGAGGGCAUAACAGGAAACUCACUUCCACAGUAAGGAGUGGCCGGUUCCAGCUGAGAGAGUUUUGCCACAAAUAAAAACAGAUUUCUCAGAGAUCCUCCACGUGCCCAAACUUCUCAAGAUUAUUGUACUCGAGAGAGCCUGACAGCAAGCAAAAAAAGUUCUUUUACUCAUAAUGAAGAUGAGGUAGAAGCCCGGGAUGAGCUUUGGAGCAGCUCAAGGACUCAAAAGGACUGGGAAACGGAGAUUCCACUUUCCUGCUGACUUUCCCGCAUUGGGGACUUCCGUGACUGUUUUCUCCUCUUCCCCUGGGCUGCGUGCGCACUUGACGGGAGCCGCGGGUGGGUGGAGAGCUUGUGCCCUCUACAGAGCAAUGGGCUGUGACUUCUGGGUCUGUGCCCCCCCCCACUGCCCACAAAACCUGACCCAUCACAGGCAACACUGUCUUGACUUUUUGUCAUAGGUACCUCCUUAGCUGUGCUUCCUUGACAUUCGGACUUAAGCUAACGAUGCAGCCCCGGGGGACGCUUCCGAAACCAGCAUGCCCUUAAAAGUCCCGUGAUUUGCGCCCCUGUGUCUCUGUCCUCCUCUCCUCCAUCACCAACAUCCACUGCGGACCUGCCCAUCCUCAAGACUGUUGUUACCACAGUGUAUUUUUCUAAAGCUGUAGAUCUAGGGUUCCCGUCCCCACUCCUCUUAAAAUAUUUCCUGCCAAUCUUGUACAGAGAACAAAAAGAUAUAUAUAGAUAUAUAUAUAUAGAUAUAUAUAAUUAUUAUAAUCUAUAUUUUCAGUUUUUGUACAUAAGAAACUCCAAAGAUCUUUUCUGUGUCCCCCCCCCUCUCUUCCGAGGACGAAAUGAAGGUUGCACUUCCCUCCCUGCCCAGGUGGGGGCAGCGCAUCGUCCAUUGCACAAACUUUAUUUAUGUAUUUAAGUGUAUAAUUGUUUUGCGUGUGUGUGUGUGUGUUUUAAGUUUGUAGCCGCUGCUUCUGCAUUUUCCGCUUCCUGCACCUGCCCGUCUCGCCUUUUCCAAGCCAGACGAUGCGGUGAGAAAGACAGUGUUCUGGAAAGCUAAGCACUUUUUCCUUUUCUAACAAAUCCUGUUGCUUUCAACAAGAAGAACAAGCCUUGAGUGGAGUGGUUCUGCCCUGAAAGGCAGUUUAGAACUUAAAGAAUAAAAUCUCUCCCUGCUUGAAAGCAACAGGAGCCCUAAGCCAGAUGCAGCAAAACAGUGACAGCCUUAUGAGGAAGCUUUGGCCUCUUUUCAACUUUACUUUUUUUAAUCACUUGACAAAGACUCCACGGUGUGCAGAUCAAAAAGCCAGAAAUGCCCAAUUUCAGGGCAGGAAAUGUUCCAAUGCAUUUUGAUCAGAGCUGUUAACUCCAUUUGGCGUAGCCCGUUACCCAGAUCUCCCACUCCUCGGAGAACUUCGAUAAGUCCUCCUUUCAUGUUUCCUUUUAAAUCUGAGUUUGGAACAAGAAAGAGGUUUUGAUGAAUCCUGGGCUUCCUUGGAAGUUUAUUUAAGGUUCCUGAAUGGGAAGGUAAUAGGAGACAUUCGCUCCCUGCGUUGGGACCAUAGUUGGCCCUUCCAUUACAUGCAGAAGGCGCAAACCCUGCCUCUCCAGCCAAAAGGAUCAGCUGGCAAAGUGAGGUGGAAGUCAGAAUUAAGCAGCCCAAAAACUUCCUAGCAUCACUGGGCCAAAGCCGCCUUGAACCGCUUUGCUUCCAAGUAGCAACACAUAAAGUCCCUAUACUUCACGGCCAUCCAAAUUUGAGUUUGUUGGAAGUUCCCACUGUAGGGAAUGCCUUACGUUUCGGCAGCACUUAUGUCUGCCAGACUACAGCGUAAGGGUUGGUGCCUCGGAGGUCAUCCAACCUUUGCUUUAACGCAGAUUAGUUUCCUCACCUCACCCCACCCCAAUAUAUCAUUUCACUAACGUUUUAGAGGAGGCUUGAAUGGAUGCAAAUACACUACACCGUUUCUUCAGAGCAUCCUUUGGCGGGCAGGCAGUAUUAAUCUGCGUUGGUGAUUUGCGGCUGUAGAAGAAGUGGGGGAAUAUUUUGAAUCUGAAAGGUGAUGAAGCCAGAAUGAAGAGUUGAAACGAAAUGAAGAAUUGAGAACUCCCUCCUACAGGAAGCAGCAAUGGCCACCAAGCUCCAUGGCUUUAAAGGAUUAGGCAGAUUCAUGGAGGAGAGGGCUAUCAGUAGCUGCUCACUGCUGCCUCCAGAAUACCAGGUGCUGGAAACCACAGGGUGAGAGAGGGCACUUGUGUGCUCACAUCCUGCUGUCCAGGUUUCCCAUGGGCAUCCGGGUGGCCACCACUGAGAACAGGAUGCUGGACUAGAUGGGCCACUGGCCUCAUCCAGCAGGCCUUUCUUAUGUUCUUCAUUAUGUGCCAUUAGGUGUGUGACUUGGGUGUCCCCUAGUCAUUUCCAUCUAGGGGGUUGGUUUUUCAAGGCAUCUGCUUAGAACGGCCAAACGCUGAGAGAUUUACACCUUCAGGGUGGGUGGGGCGCCUCUUUUCUAGCUGACAUAAAUCUAUAAUCCUAGCCUGCAAAACGCGCUGACUCCUGUCACCCAGCCCUAGGCAUUCAUCUCCUGAAAACUCCCAUUUCUGUUUAAACAAAAACUCAAGUCUCUAGUCCUUUGGAGGGGAAGUGUCGUGAUGUGAGGCUAUUCUUUGAGCAAGGUUUGAAGCCAGAAAUAAAGAGCCGGGGGUGGGGAGGGAGCUCCUGCCCUAUAUUACAGCUGCAGUCUUAUCUUCCAACCUCAAAUCUCCCUCCCUCCCCCCCCCCAAUUACACCCCCCCCCAGCAAUUCCUCCUGAGCAUUGCCAACAUUCCAGCUCCUUCAAAGCAUGAAAUCUUGGUAAGCGAUACUGCAAAUUUCUCUUCCAACAACACAUGCACCUAUUUGCGCUGACCUGAUUUGUCUUUCAAGGAUUGGUGUGGGGAGCCUUCAGGAAGACACUUUCUUGGAACUUGGGGGCAGCCUUGUGGCUGUUUAUCAAGUGGGGGUUAAGACCAGGCAGCCGCAUGAAGAACCGCCAAGCUCUACAGGCAUAUUUACCGGUAUGUUUUGUACAUUAACAAUGAGCAUUUGGGGACAAAGAAAGGUCAGGGGUUCUGUUUUUUCUUUCAAUGCCAUUAUCAACUGCUUUAAAACAAUGUGUCUGCAGACAGAACACACACCCUGCUUCAUCUCACUAACCUCAUAAAACAUUUCAUCUGCACCUCAAUAGCAAAAAAGAGGACUGCUUCGCUUUACACUUUUGGGUCUCCUUUUUCUGUCCAUUGAAUCUCUUUGUUUUAUCAGCUUGGAGCCAUUGUGUAUAUGCAAAAAGUACCUUUUAGAUAAAAUAAAUUCUUGACAAAAGAA